AUGCUAGCACAGGUGGAAAGUGAUAUCCAUGAGGAGCGCGACUACAAUUGUGCCUUCUACGAGUUACUGCUUUUAAAAGGCCUUCCUACCUCAACCCUCUCCUCAACAUUCUCUCUCACGCUUGGACCUAAAAAUCCUCGCUCUUAUACCACACAUCCCCCCCUCCUCCGAAUUGUACCUCUCCUCUCUGGCCUGCAACCGUCAAUCUCAUCACCCAUCAUCACCCCUCACACGUCCCUCUCCUCUCUGGACUGCUGUGCCACAUUCAUCCCCCACUCCCUCACACGUCCCUCUCCUCUCUGGACUGCUAUGCCACAUUCAUCCCCCACUCCCUCACACGUCCCUCUCCUCUCUGGACUGCUAUGCCGCAUUCAUCCCCCACUCCCUCACACGUCCCUCUCCUCUCUGGACUGCUAUGCCACAUUCAUCCCCCACUCCCUCACACGUCCCUCUCCUCUCUGGAAUGCUAUGCCGCAUUCAUCCCCCACUCCCUCACACGUCCCUCUCCUCUCUGGACUGCUAUGCCACAUUCAUCCCCCACUCCCUCACACGUCCCUCUCCUCUCUGGACUGA